AUGGCGGUGUCAUUGAGACAACUAUCUCGGCGCUCAGUCGGAACAUCCAUCUCGCAGCUUUCAAGCACAUCGUCUCGUGCCUCCAUCGCACCUACACUGAGCUGGGCGCGCUCAGCUCUCCCCGCGACCAGCCGAGGCUUCACACCCUCCUCCUCUUCCACCACCACCUACAGCUGCUGCUCACUCCUACAAUCUCAACAAAAACCCCGUUUUGUAUCUUCCACCUCAUGCUCUCCUAGCAAUCAACUCCGCCACAACAGCGACCAGCCCGGUCCAAAGUUCCGACAGUGGGAAUUCGACGACAUCACCGCCGCUCUCCCAUCUUCCACCCAGUCGCCCUCUCACAAUCCAGUCAUCCUCGUCGACGUCCGUGAACCUUCCGAGCUGUCCAGCACGGGCGUGAUUCCAACCGCCGUCAACAUCCCCUUCGCUUCGCAGGGUGACGCACUCUAUCUGGCGGAGGAUGAGUUUGAGACCCGCUUCGGUUUCCCAAAGCCGAUCCCGUCGCCGGACCAGCAGAUAAUCUUCUACUGCAAGGCGAAGGCGGGGUGUGCGGGCACGCUUUGCGGCGCAGAUGGCUGUGCAGGCUGGUUACAACCAGGACCAAGUGGGUGUGUACCACGGGAGUUGGUUGGACUGGGAGAAGAAAGGAGGUAA